UUCUCCACGCCUUCCCUUUGUCAUCUCUCUCCAUCUCUCCUCAAAUUCCCUCUCUCACCCUCACCCCCUCCUCCCACUAAACUGCGCACGUUGCACCCUCUACCUAGACUGCGCACCUCGCCAUGGCCCGAGCCACCCACCUCGCCCUCCUCACAAUCUUCCUACACAUACUAACAUCGCCGCAUGCAGCCACAGCAGCAGACUCCGACGUUCUCCUCAAUUUCAAGAAAUCGAUCGGCAACAACGCCGUACUCAGCAGCUGGACCCAAGGUUCGAGCCCAUGCAAGCCCGACGGCACUGCCAACUGGCUCGGCGUCCUUUGCAAAAACGAGACAGUGAGGGGUCUGCAGCUUCAGAACAUGGGCCUAACGGGCCGUAUAGACAUCGACGUGUUGAUGGGCUUGCCGAACCUACGGACCUUGAGCUUCAUGAACAAUAGCUUCGGCGGUCUGAUGCCGAACGUUGGGAAACUUAACAAUUUGAAGUCGAUGUUUCUAUCGGGUAACCGCUUCUCGGGUGAAAUACCGAAGAAUGCAUUCGAAGGGAUGGUGAUGUUGAAGAAGGUGUAUCUGUCGCGGAACGGGUUUUCGGGUCCGAUACCCGAUUCACUUGUUGGGUUGACAAGGCUUAUUGAGCUUGGGUUGGAGGAGAAUCAAUUUACAGGGACGAUACCGAAUUUCCAGCAACGAGAAUGGAAAUCGAUGAAUUUCUCUUACAAUAAAUUGGAGGGUCAGAUUCCGGUGGGCCUCAGAAAGAUCGAUAGCAGUUCUUUUGCUGGCAACAAAGCUCUAUGCGGCGAGCCGAUGGAUACCCCAUGCAAGAAGUCCAAGAAGCUGUCGAUGACCCUCUUGAUAGUCCUUAUUUUGAUCGCCACAACGGUCGUGCUGGCAAUCGUCGGAACAAUCUUCAUCUUGGUCCGUCAACGACAUGGGCGGUCACGAUCGUCCGAGAUCCAAUCAUCCAACCAGAAGAAGGUCACAUCCUAUGGUGGAGAUCCGCCGGACUAUGGGUCACCGGACUAUUCAGGCCACGACGACAAGAAAGCUGGGAAAGACUAUGGCCAAGGAAACCUAGUGUUUCUGAGGGAAGAUAGAGAGAAAUUCGGAUUGCAAGACUUGCUGAGGGCCUCAGCUCAAGUGCUAGGGAAUGGGAGCUUUGGGUCUGCUUAUAAGGCCGUUCUCUUGAGUGGGCCAGCUGUGGUGGUUAAAAGGUUUAGAGAGAUGAACGGUGUAGGGAAAGAGGAGUUUCAAGAUCACAUGAGAAGGCUGGGGAAGUUGAGACACCCUAACUUGCUUCCUUUAGUGGCCUUUUACUAUAAGAAAGAGGAGAAGCUGUUGGUGUCUGACCACAUUGCUAAUGGGAACUUGGUGCAACUACUUCAUAGCAACCGGAGCCAGGGCCGCAGGAUACUCGACUGGCCCACCCGAUUGAAGAUCAUCAAAGGAGUGGCCAGGGGCAUGGCCCACCUCUACAAUGAGCUUCCUAACCUAACACUACCACACGGCCACCUCAAGUCCUCCAACGUACUACUCGACGAGUCCUACGAACCGUUGAUCGCCGACUACGCCCUCGCGCCUAUGAUGAACAAAGAUCAAGCCAAGCAGCUGAUGGUCGCCUACCAGUCGCCUGAGUGCGUCAGAUAUGGCCACGUCACUAAGCAGAGUGAUGUCUGGUGUCUGGGGAUACUGAUACUGGAGAUCUUGACCGGCAAGUUCCCGGGGAAUUACAACCGGCAGAAGGGCGGCGGUACGGAUCUGGCCAGUUGGGUCAACUCAGUGGUGAGGGAGGAGUGGACUGGAGAAGUUUUCGACGGUGAGAUGCAGGGAACCAAGAACGGUGAAGGGGAGAUGCUGAAGCUGCUGCAGGUUGGAUUGGGUUGUUGUGAGAGGGAUGUUGAGAAGAGAUGGGGAUUGAUCCAAGCCGUUGAAAGGAUUGAAGAAUUGAAAGAGAGGGAGAAUGAGGAAUACUCUUCAUUUGGUAGUGAGGGAGAGAUGUAUUCUUCCAGAGAUGAGUUCUCUUUCUCCAUGAACGUCUAA